GGAGAAUGCAGUGUAUACUCAUUCCUGGUUAACUCAAGUGAGAGGUAAACGUAUAGAGAGCGAGUUUAGUUUUCGUAUCUUUCCAGAAGCAUAGAGAUUGAGGAAGCAUGUGUACAUUGGUAGGCGUGGCAUUUCAUGACAACUUACCCGCAACUGAGGAUAACACGAGCAAACUGGAAACGGCUAUUCCGGCCUGGAAAAGAAGCCAUGCCCAUGAUUCUCUCAACUCCCCUUCUGUCUGAGCCAUCGUUUCUCUCAUAUUCCAGGGGAGGAAUUUUCUCCUCUCAAAGGAAGAAAAAUGCAUUUUGCUGCUUGAGUCACAGCUUGAAAGAGAACGGAGUGCAGAACAGAUAUGUAUCACACCAGGAGGGAAACUCGAGUCGUAGGUUUCUUCUUUUCCUUUUGAUCUCAUCAGGCCUGUCUCCAACUUUGUCUUCUUCUGGAAAGACCAAGAGUAAGAACCCCUAUGAUGAAAAACGCUUGCUAGAACAGAAUAAAAGGAGACAGAAAGAGAACAAUGCUCCUGGAGACUUCCCAAAUUUCAUCAGAGAAGGUUUUGAGGUUAAGGUUGUAGCUUCAGAGGAUUACAAAAAGAGUGAUUCAGGGCUUAUAUACCGGGAUUAUGAAGUUGGUAAAGGUGAUUGCCCAAAGGCUGGUCAACAGGUCACUUUUCACUAUAUUGGUUAUAAUGAGUCAGGCCGGCGCAUUGAUAGCACCUAUAUACAAGGUGCUCCUGCCAGAAUCCGCAUGGGAACUAAUGCAGUGGUUCCAGGAUUUGAGGAAGGAAUUAAGGACAUGAGGCCAGGGGGGAAGAGAAGGAUAAUCAUUCCCCCAGAACUUGGACCACCGGUAGGACCUUCGACAUUUUUCAGCUCAAAACAGUUCGAAGUCUUUGACAUAGAAUUACUCAGCAUACAGAACUGUCAAAGGAGAACCAUAGCUUUUUAUUCUGAUUUUGUAUGCAAUUGAGUGAUGGGAAAAUUUUGGAAAAUCAGAGUCUUUGUUCCUUGUCCUUGAAACAGGCCUCACUUGAAAAGUUAUGUAAUGUAUCUGAUUCUUUUUCAAGAACUAAUUGCCUUGCUUGUGUUCAAAUGUGACUUGCGAAGAUGAACUAAAAAGAACACAUUUGGAAAUCAUUGAAUUGUCUGGAUUAAGAUCAGGCCGGUAUAUAUCCCCACGAAGGGACUGACAGUUAUCAGGGAACAGGAGCUGUGACUAUAGUCCUCCGGGAAAAUAGAGAGGGGGAGAGAGAGCCCAACUAUGGUUUAUCAGUGAUGCUUGAAAAUUAGUAGGGAUGCAUGGAUGUCUGCAUUAAGAUCAGGCCAGCAUCUGCCCCUACAGUGGGACUGACUGUUAUCAGAGAACAGGAGCUGCAACUGUAGCCCUUUGGCAAAUAAGAGCGGGGGAGAGAAAGAGAGAGUCCACCUGUGGUU